GCUACCGAAGCUGCUUCAUCAAUAACUCCUCCAGGCUCCAGCUUUUCUUAUCUCGUUAUACUCUUACCACAAAGGUGGUCGAUCGAUCGGUCGGAAUCGGAGAUUUCGAUUUAGAGAUUCGCGAAGGUUCUAAUGGCUGCCGAGGGAAAGGAAAAGGUAGUGAAGAAGUUGCAAAAAAGCUACUUCGAUGUGCUAGGACUUUGCUGCUCAUCGGAGGUGCCUCUGAUCGAGAACAUCCUGAAAGCUCUCGACGGAAUCAAAGAGGUUUCCGUCAUCGUGCCUUCCAGAACGGUCAUUGUUGUUCAUGAUAGUCUUGUAAUCUCACAGGCUCAAAUCGUUAAGGCGCUGAAUCAAGCAAGAUUUGAAGCAAAUAUCAGAUCCGAGAAUGGGACAGAGACGCUGCAAAAGAGAAUGCCAAGCCCAUAUGCAAUUGCUUGUGGAGUUUUCCUUUUGUUAUCCUUUUUAAAGUAUGCUUACCGUCCUUUGGAAUAUCUGGCCCUUGGAGCAGUAGCUGCUGGUGCCUUCCCUAUUCUUUUGAAAGCCCUCGCCUCCAUUCGCAACCUUAGGAUUGACAUAAAUAUUCUCAUGCUCAUUGCAGUUAUUGGGACAAUUGCUAUGAAUGAUUAUUUGGAAGCCGGCACCAUAGUUUUUUUAUCUUCAAUUGCAGAAUGGCUAGAGUCAAGGGCAAGCCACAGGGCGAGCGCAGCGAUGUCGUCGCUGACGAACAUAGCUCCUCAGAAAGCAAUCAUAGCAGAAACAGGAGAAGCAGUCGACGCCGAUGAGGUGAAAGUGAACGCCAUCAUAGCCGUUAAAGCAGGAGAAGUGAUACCCAUUGAUGGGAUUGUUGUAGAAGGCAGCUGCGAAGUUGAUGAGAAGACAUUGACUGGGGAAUCAUUCCCUGUGCUUAAACAGAAGGACUCUCUCGUGUGGGCUGGUACAAUCAACUUAAAUGGUUACAUUGAUGUGAAGACUACUGCACUUUCCGAGGACUGUGUGGUGGCCAAAAUGGCGAAGCUUGUGGAAGAAGCCCAAAACAGCAAAACCAGCACCCAGAGAUCGAUUGAUAAAUUUGCCAAAAUUUACACCCCAGCUGUUGUGGUCAUAUCAACUCUCUUAGCGGUGAUUCCACUUGUGUUAAGGGUAAAUAAUCAGAAACAUUGGUUUCACUUUGCCUUGGUUGUUUUAGUAAGUGCAUGUCCUUGUGCACUUGUCCUUUCUACGCCAGUUGCAACUUUCUGUGCUUAUACCAAAGCAGCUAAAUCCGGUCUUCUCAUCAAAGGGGGCGAUUACCUUGAAACCCUUGCAAAAAUUAAGGUGAUGGCUUUUGACAAAACGGGUACUAUCACAAAGGGGGAAUUUUUGGUGUCAAAUUUCCAGUCUCUUUGUGAUGACAUCGAUAUGAAAACAUUACUACAAUGGGUCACAAGCAUCGAAAGCAAGUCAAGCCAUCCGAUUGCAGCAGCACUUGUGGACUACGGAAGGUCUCUAUCCAUUGAGCCAAAGCCCGAAAAGGUGACAGAAUUUGAAAAUUUUCCUGGAGAGGGCAUUCAUGGAAAAAUUGAUGGGAGAGAUAUUUACAUUGGAAAUAGAAAAGUUGUCACUAGAGCUGGGUCUGAAACAGUUCCUGCCUCACAAGGUGACAUUCCGGUUGGAAAAACAACUGGCUACAUCUACUCUGGAGCAAAGCCAAUUGGACUUUUCUCACUGACAGAUGCUUGCCGAUCUGGCGCCCAGGAGGCAUUGGGGCAGCUGAAGUCAUUGAGCAUCAAAACCUCAAUGCUCACAGGAGAUAGUCAAGCAGCUGCCAUGCAAGCACAUGACCAGCUAGGGCAUGUUCUGGAGCUAGUCCAUGCAGAACUUUUACCUGAAGACAAGGCAAAAAUCAUCAAAGAAUUCAACAAGGAAGGACGAACAGCCAUGGUUGGAGAUGGCAUAAAUGAUGCACCCGCACUGGCUGUAGCUGAUAUUGGUAUCUCAAUGGGGAUUUCAGGUUCUGCACUAGCAAGUGAGACGGGCAAUAUAAUUCUUAUGUCAAAUGAUCUGAGGAAGAUACCUCAAGCCAUUAAGCUUGCAAGAAAAUCUCACAGGAAAGUAAUAGAAAAUAUUCUCUUGUCAGUCGUUACUAAAGCUGUCAUUCUUGGCUUGGCCAUAUGGGGCCAUCCACUGGUUUGGGCAGCAGUUCUUGCUGACGUGGGAACAUGCGUGUUGGUAAUCUUAAACAGCAUGCUAAUUUUGAAUGGGUCAUCCAAGCAUAAAGGAAAAUGUUGUAGACCUUCCUCUGGACUACACAGCCAUAAAUAUGGAUGCAAGGCACCUAAUGACAAGUUCUCUCAUCAUCAUCAUCAUCAUCAUGAACAUAAACACCAGCAUCAGAACGAUCACCAUUGUUUCUCAGACAAGAAGGAAGUGAUGUCUCAGCCUCAUAAAUGCGCCUCCCUAAUUACUGUCUCAAAGUGCCAGUCUAGCCCUGCAUUUUCAGGCUCGUGUGGACAUGCUAUGCAUGGUAACAUCACGGAGAGUCAUGCUCAAUGUAAAGUCAAUGCUGAGUUCAAUGUACCCAAUCAUUGCCAUCAAGGAAGCUGUGACCAGAAGCAAGAGGGAGUUCAUUUGCAUGAUGUGAAAAAUGCAAGUUGUCUGGGUUCUCACAAAUUGGAUCUGCUUGCAGAAGAGAAACACGAGAUUACAUUCAACAGCAUUGGUAAUUGUUUGGAACAUACUAAGUCCCAUGAAACAGUACACUGCCAUAAUGGAAACUGUGACAUGGGAACUCAUGGUGAACCAUCACCCAUUUCUCCUUGCCAUCUCAAUUCUUCUGCUUUGAAAGAUUGCCUGCAAUUUGGUAGCAAACAUUGCCACUUGAUCUCUGGUUGUGAAAAUACAAAAUGUCAUGCCAUUGAGCGCCAAAACCCAGGGUCUCAUUCUGAACCUUCCAAGAAGCACCAGGAAGAUCAUGUCCGUCUUAACAUUGACGAUGAGCAUGUCAAGUCAGACUCAAUGGGAACUUGUGUAUAUUCAGAAGGGAAAGAAACAGGGUCCUGUCACAAAGGCUGCGCGGAAGAAUGUGAAGCAUCCACUUCCGUGUGCAAUUGUGAGAGUUCAAAUGACAGACAAGUUGCUGCAUGUUGCAUAGACGAGAUCUCUUCAAAGGAAUCCACAGAUUUUGCUGUUUUGCAGGCUUGUUUAAGUUUAGACAAGAGAGAGAAUGGUUCGUGUUGCAAGAGCCACAUGAAGGAAUGCUGUGGCAAGCAUGAACAUUUACAUGCUGGUUUUGUAGGAGGCUUAUCAGAUAUUAUCAUUGAAUAGGUUUUGCUGAUGUUGGUGUGGGCAACUGAUGUCAGCAUGUCUUGCAGAUUACAAGUCACUGGUAUGUAGAAAACAAUGUUGUAUUGUGUCCUGUCCAAUGUUCGUAUGAGACACAAUGCGACACUUGAAAUUUCACAACUUCAUUAUAUAUUUAUUCCUGCUUCUUAAA